AUGGGAACAGAGAGACAGGAGGGAGGGAAGGUAGAAGUGGCCACAAGCUUACCAGGGGAUGCGGCGGCGAGGCUCCGAGCCCCGUGGACAGAGGCGGAGGUGAAGGAGGUGCUCACGGGGCUGCCGAGAGGCAAAUCGCUGGGCCGGGACAGGUUGCCACCAGAGCUUUUCAAGGCUCACUGGGACCUGCUGGGAGGGCCGCUGGUAGAGUUUGCAAAAAGGUUUGAACGGACGGGCCUCUUGGACGAGUCCUUGUCCACGGCGGUCACGAUCCUGCUGCACAAGAAGGGGCCGACGGACCAGUUAGGGAACUAUCGACCCAUCACGCUCCUCAGCACGAUGUGCAAGGUGCUGGCGAAGGUGCUCGCGAACAGACUCAAAAGAGAACUUCACCUGGUGAUAUCGGAGGACCAGCAUGGCUUCAUUCCAAGAAGGAGCUUGGCGGAUGCAGUGUCGGUGGUCGCAAAUGCGGUGGAGGCGGCGGACAACGGGGGAGAAGACUGGUUUCUUCUAAUGGUGGAUUUUCAGAAAGCAUACGAUACCGUGGCGAGAACGUACCUGAAGCUUGGGAUACCGGAUGAAUUCGUGAGAUGGACGGAGGGGCUGCACCGCGGCUCAGGGACGUCAGAGGUAAUCAGCGACUGGGUCGGAGAGAGGGUGGAGAUGAAGAGGGGAGUGAAGCAAGGUUGCCCGCUCGCGCCAUAUCUCUUCCUCUGCGCGAUCGAGCCGUUGUGCCUGAAGAUUAGGAAGAGAGGGCUGGGGGUGAAGGAGAAGGAAGGGACGGUGGAGUUGGUAUAUGUAAGGUAUGCAGACGACACAACGCUCAUACUGAAAGGAGAGGAGCAACUGAGGUCGGCAGCGGAAGCUCUGGAGCAGUUCGGCAGUUUGUCAAGCCUGCGAACAAACAACGACAAGUCGGUGGUCAUGCCGAUCGGAAGGAACAAAGGGAAGCAGUCGGCGGAGGGGGUACCUUUUAAAUGGGCGAAAGCGGGCAUACCAGAACGGCUACUGGGCAUCUGGAUCACGCCAGACGGAGAUGCGGGACCAUCCUGGAAGAAGGAUUGGGAGCGGGGGAAAGAGGAAUUGGUUAAGUGGGAGAGUCACCAUCUUCUCACAACGGCAAGAGUGACGGUGAUCAACGCGUAUAUAAUGCCCAUCUUCAUCUUCCAAGCGCAGGUGUGCCCUCCGCCGGAGGAACUGUGGAAAAGGAUUCAAAAGACGUGCGAUAACGUUGUUUCAAGUGGGGAAGCCACGGCGGAGAAAGCAUUCGUGUUGUGGAGCGGGGAGCUUGCUCGGCUCCCGCGGAAGGAAGGGGGUUUUGGGCUCGUGGACCCUAAGGUGCGAAUCGAUGGCAUGGCGGCCAGAAUGGUGGGGAAGAUGCUAGCGGAAAAGAACGCAACAAAGAGAUGGUUAGCGGAGAAGGCGGCUGCGCUGCCACAAGGGGAGGCAACACUAUACGCGGACCCGUCGGCGGGGAAGCAUUGGCCGGGGGGCACCCAGAGGUGGAAAGCGGCGGUGGACGCGUUCUGGGACUCCCCGUAUGCGACACUGCCGGAGCCGACGAGCGGUUGGGAGGUGGAGCAGGAGCGUCUCUGCUUUAACCGCAGGAUUGUGUUCAGAGGAAAGAGCACGUACGGGAAUCAACAGGGGACAGAGGAGCUAAGGAAGGCGAAGCUUGGGGACUUGGUAUCAGGGGAACUGGGGGCGGAACGCAAGGUGAAAAGCAAGGAGAUGUUGAGAGAGGAGUUAGGAGGUGAGGCAGUGGCGAGAUGGGCACUGAUGGCAUACGCGGCAACAUUGAAAGAAUGGAAGGAAUUGGCAACCGCGAGGAAGACGGCGGAAAAGCUGGUAGAAGCGACGGACGUCGUGAGGACGUUCUUACCGCGGACGCAGGAGUAUCUCUAUUGGAAGGUUACAGGAGUUAAAGAGGACAAAGUGACGGUGUCAAGUGUGGAGCUGAAAAAGGAGGCUAAGAUGGAGGAUUGGGCCGAACCAGUCAAGGCGGUGUUCAGGCCAGAGCACGUGGAACUAGUAGCUACUAGAGGUGGCAGAGUACUAGGAGCGGUGGGCGCCCCGGCAGAAAGGCUGAAGAUGUCCAAGCUGUUCGAAGAUGACGGAGCACCGGCGAGGACUAAGGCGAUUCAACGUGUGAUGGCAGGGCCUACUACGGCCUCGAGGAAAAGGAGCGAGUGGGAGGAAAGAUGGGGGAAAAAGAUAGACUGGAGGAAGGUGGAAAGCAGGAGGGAUUCGGUGGUGAUCCCCAACAGGGCAAGGGAUGUGCUGUUGAGAGUGCAUUGCCUGAACCUACAAGUGGGUGGCAGACUGAAGUUCCAGGGGGAGAGGGCGAGGUGUUCACAUUGCGGGGAGCCUGAAACGCUGGAACACUGCAUGUUCAGUUGUCCUCUCGUCCUGCCGGUGAUCGGUGCGCUGCUGCGGUCGUUGCGGAUGCUGGACCCCUCCAGCAAUCUGGACUUGCUGGGGGCUCUGCUCUUUGAGCAGGGGAACACGCGGUCAGGUUUCCCCGCAGCAACACUGGUGGCGACAACGUUUUGCCACAUCUGGCUGGCGAGGUGCAAUAUGGUCUGGCGGGGGGAGGCUUUUCAGCGGAAGAAGGUAGCAAGAGGGGCAAUUCGGGAGUUUGUGCAGCAUGCCCAGGUGUACCGCACGGAGCUGACGAGGAGGGCACGUAGGAAGGGUACAACAAAGUAA